GUAAAACGCCUGUACCUAUUAUGUUUCCGCGAGGGCCCCGAUUUGUGCCGGAGAAAGUGCCUGACGUCCCUGGUCCCGGGGCGUAUAACCCCAAUCUAGAGAUUACUGAGGCGUAUAAACGCGGAGCGUUUCUUGAGAAGACGGACCGAUUCGAUAAAGACAAGCCGUCUGGCGUUCCUGGGCCAGGGGCGUAUGCUACUGAGAAGACGACGGGCUCGAAGCAGCCUGCGAAUGGAGUGAAGAACGCAACGCAGGUUGACAAGUAUGCCACACUCCAACGCAAGCUCGAGCAUCUCGAGGGUGUACAUGCAGAUUCCAAGAAGGCACAUCAAGCAGAGGUAGAGCGACUCAAGCUGGAGCUCAGUCGAUGUCAGAAGACGAACGCGGAGCAGAGCGAGAGGCUCGACAAGCUGAAGAAGCAGAACGACGCCCUCGACGCCCGACUGCAGGAAUCCAAGAAAUCCCAAGCAAGCCAGCAGUCCGAGAUCAAAGACCUCCGCGCGAAGCUGCGCGUGGCCGAACACGAGCGCAACCAGCUCACCGCGAAGCAGGGGGACGCCAGCGAGGCGCAAAAGGCACUGCACGUGCUGGAGACGCGGAGGAAGGACGAGGUGCGCCAGCGGGACAGGACGAUCGCGGACCUGGAGCGUAGUCUGUCCAUGGAGAGGAAGAAGCGGGAGGCGGCGGAGGCGAAGGCGCAGGAGGCGAAGAGCAAGGUCGACGCGCGUAUCGACGAAGUGCGCGCGCAGGUGUCGAAACUGCAGGACGAGCUGAAUCUCGCGCAGUCGGAGUGCCUGCAGAAGGAUGCGGCGCUGGGCGAGGCUGAAGACGAACAGGAGAACCUGUGCCAGAGGUUAGAGCAGACGACGCUGCUGUUGUCCCGCGUCGCGGCGGAGUAUGGGCGGCUGGCGUCGUCGACCGUGCACCGAUCUGAGCACGACAAGCUGAAGCACGAACACGCGUCACUGCAGAUCCGCGCCGCGCGCCUGGAGCGCAAGCUUGCGAAUUCGGAGGCGCAAGUGGUUGAACUCGCCAACUUGGUUCGGUAUACGAAGGAAAACAACAUGUUCCUCUCGACGUACCUCCGGGAUAUCGAAAAGGAGGCUGCCCUGUAUGCGCAGCUGCUGCAAGAGUGGAACUCAUCCUCACGUUGUCCGAUAUCGGAUGAACGACUGGAGGACGACGUUCGGGCCGCUGUCUUCGCCCUACAGGACGAUGAGAAGGAGGCACUUCGCAUCUGCUCGGCGACAGACAGGCACUUCUGCGACCUGUACAAGGAGAUGGUGCACGACCUUGUCGAGGCAUUCUCUACUUCGGACAGCGAUCUCGCCGAACAGCGAGCGGCAACUCAGCAGCUGCAGACCCAGCUCUCUGCCGCCACCGAAGCCCGAGGACGACUUGAUACCGAGCUGGACGCGCUCCGUAAAGAACACGCCAUGGCGCAGGAGGAUGUAACCCGCCUGAAGACCUGUCUCGAUGAGCUCAGGGCGAGCGAAGAGGCAGCACAACAGGAGCUCGAGAAAAGGGGGGCGGAGAUGAAAGCCAAGAUCGCAGAGACGGAGAAGCGCGUCUCGGUGGAGAAAGAAGCGGCCCAGCGGCUCGCGGUCGCGUUGCAGCAGGCUCAGUUAGCGGAGCAGGCGCUGCAGGCCGAGGUCGAGCAGAUGUCCUCGGAGCUGGCACAAGCCGAGCAGUAUCAGGAGGCGUACGACCAGCUUCUCGAAGAGGCAGGGGCGCUGGUCGCGCGGAACCAACUCGCGGAGGAGGAGGCGGACCGCCUCAGCCGGUUCAAUGCUGAGAUACUUGGCCAUAGGAACCCUGCGCAGAGGAUUAUGUACGUAGACCGGAUACGGAGGGAGUUGGCGGAGACGAAGCAGAAAUUGCUCCUGUCUACCCGGGACCACGAAGCCGCCAUGGCUGACAACGAGGACCUGCGCAACGAGCUUGACAUGUACAAAUCCGUUAUGGUACCUAUCGACGCUAAACCGCGGACGGCGAUUACACGGGUCGGGCGCGCGCCGCUGGCGUCGCAGAAUAUGAACGUCAACGCGAAGCGCUUGAUGGUGCAGUCGCAGAAGGGUGGAAAGGCAGGAGGGAAGAUGGGAAGCUCCGGUGAGGUGGAGUGGGUGAGGGAAGGGGAUAUGACAAUCGAUGAGCUGAUGUAGAUUGCCAUGGGUGGACACAUCGCUGGUGUUAUUUUAUUCGGUGUUCAUCUAUCGUAUAUAUACCACACCCUGUUUGGUUGUAUUGUACAGACUACUUGGUCGUUUGGAGCAGAGUUCGUGAGUGG